CAGAAACAGACGAAGAAGCAGCAAACAACAACGACGAGUUGGUUGGUUGGUUUGUUUGAGGCUUCACGAUGGCUACACACACUACUGAGGACGGUUCUGCUUUAAUGAUGGUUGGUCAGGAGCCAAUGGUGGUGGAGGAGGAAAUGACGAUUGAACCUGACGAAGAAGAGGGAGCAGCUAGCUGUGCAACAUUCUCAUCCCCAUUUCAGCCAUUCAGGAAAAUUUUUAAGCCUGAAGAGAUGCGACAGGCUCUCAUGCCAGCUUUGGAGGCACUGUAUAGGCAGGACCCUGAUACACGACCUAUCAGACAGCCAACUGAUCCUGUGGUUCUGGACUUACCACACUACUUUGACAUGAAGAACUCAGUAGACCUGUCUAUAAUACAGUUCAAGCUGGACGCAGGUCAAUAUCAGGAACCGUGGCAAUAUGUUGAUGAUGUCUGGCUCAUGUUCCACAAGGCCUGGCUUUUCAACUGCAAAACGUCAGAUGUCUACAAGUACUACUCCAAACUGGCAAAGGUGUUUGAAUCAGAGAUCGACCCUGUCAUGCAGGCUCUGGGCUACUGCUGUGGGAGAAAGUACGAGUUCUCUGCUCAAGCUCUAUGUUGCCAUAGCAAACAGCUAUGCACCAUCCCUCCUGGAGGCACGUACUAUAGCUACCAGAACAGGUAUUUUUUCUGUGAAAAAUGCUUUGUUGAGAUCCAGGGUGAGAGCGUGACAUUCGAAGAUGACCUUGAGCAGCCACAGACAAUAUUGAAAGACCAGUUUGAAUGGAAGAAGAAUGAUGCAGUGGACCCUGAACCGUUUGUUGAAUGUAAAGCUUGUGGGCGGAAGAUGCACCAGAUAUGUGUCUUGCACUGUGAGGCCAUUUGGCCAUCUGGAUUCAUCUGUGACAACUGUUUGAAGAAGAGUGGAAAAACACGGAAAGAAAACAAGUUUUCUGCAAAACGACUUCAGUCUACAAGAUUGGGAAUGUACAUCGAAGAUCGUGUGAAUAACUAUUUGAAGAGUCAGAACCACCCAGAGGCAGGGCAGGUGUUGGUUCGAGUGGUGGCUAGCUCUGACAAAACACUGGAGGUUAAAUCAGGCAUGAAAGCCAGGUUUGUGGACACAAAUGAAAUGCCUGGAGCCUUUCCCUACAGAACCAAAACCAUUUUCGCCUUUGAGGAGAUUGACGGUGAAGAUGUGUGCCUCUUUGGGAUGCAUGUGCAGGAGUAUGGUUCAGAAUGCCCAGUUCCCAACACAAGGCGGGUGUACAUAUCGUACCUGGAUAGUGUUCAUGUCUUUAGACCUCAGAUUCUGACAACAGCAGUGUGCAGUGAAAUUCUCAUUGGCUAUCUGGAUUAUGUCAAGAAGCUUGGGUAUGUCCAGGGCCACAUCUGGGCAUGUCCACCUUGUGAAGGGGAUGACUACAUAUUCCAUUGCCAUCCUCCUGACCAGAAGAUCUCAACACCUGAGAUGCUACAAGAGUGGUACAGGAAGACGUUGGAUAGUGCUGUUGCAGAGAAGAUCGUGCAUGAGUACAAGGACAUCUUCAAACAGGCAACAGAGAACCAUUUGACCAGCGCCAGUGAGCUGCCUUACUUUGAGGGAGAUUUCUGGCCCAACAUGCUGGAGCAGAGCAUUAAGGAGCUGGAGGAGGAGGAGAGGCAGACAGAGGAAAAUGCAGCCGCAUGCGAAACCCUUGAGGGUACACCAAGUGACAGCAAGAAUGCUAAGAAGAAGAGCAAAAACACGGCAAGUGAAAACAAGAGUAGCAUCAGUGAAACCAAUAAGAAGCCUUGGAUACCGACUACAGCUAAUCAUCUGUCCCAGAAGCUCUAUGCCACCAUGGAAAGACACAAAGAGGUCUUCUUUGUGAUUCACCUCCACUCCAGCCCGAUAGCCAACAGCCUGUCACCCAUUGUUGACCCUGACCCCUUGCUCUCCUGUGAUCUAAUGGAUGGCCGUGAUGCCUUCCUGACGUUGGCCAGGGACAAACAUUGGGAGUUCAGCUCUUUGAGGAGGUGUAAGUGGAGCACAAUGUGCAUGUUGGUUGAGCUCCACAACCAGUGCCAGGACCGCUUUGUCUACACGUGUAAUGAGUGCAAGCACCAUGUGAAAAUAUGCUGGCACUGUACAGUCUGUGAGGAUUUUUAUCUGUGUAUGAACUGCUACAACACCAAGGGCCAUGAGCAUCAGAUGAUGAAGCGGGGCCAUGUUCUGGAUGAUCACAGCAACAGUCAAAGUGGAGAGGCCUCAAAACGCCCACAAAAACGUCGGCCCUUAAGUAUCCAACACUGCAUCCGGUCUCUGGCCCACGCUUGUCAGUGUCAUGAUGCCACCUGUUCUCUGCCAUCCUGCCAGAAGAUGAAGAAAGUAGUGCAGCACAUCAAAAAAUGCAAGUGCAGUGCCAAUGGCGGAUGCCCUGUGUGCAAACAGCUUAUUGCUUUAUGCUGUUGCCACGCCAAGUAUUGCCAGGAGAGCAUUUGCCCUGUCCCAUUAUGUCCAAACAUAAAGUUCAAGCUUUGCCAAAAGCAACUGAAGAAGAGGUUCCAACAGGUUCUAUUAAUGAGGAGGAGAAUGGCCACCAUGCAAGGUGGAACCAUGCCCCUACCAUCCCCACCAGCCUCAGCUGCCCCCGGUACACACAAUUUCCAUACCCAACCUAACAUCCCACACCCACCUCAGCAGCCCCUCUUCAGCCAACCACAGUUUCACAGCUCUGCAGGUGUUGCAUCUCCCUCCCUUUACACUUCACCACACAGUCACCAGUCUGGCACAGCUGCAGGACAAUGGCCUGGAUGUAUACCUGGCGGAACAAUGCUCCUACCACCCCCACCAAUCUCAGCUGCCCCCAGUACACUCAGUUUCCAUACCCAACCUAACAUCUCACAGGCACCUCAGCAGCCACUCUUCAGCCAACCACAGUUUCACAGCUCUGCAGGUGUUGCAUCUCCCUCCAUUUACACUUCAGCACACAUUGACCAGUCUGGCACAGCUCCAGGACAUUGGCCUGGACAUAUACCUGGCAGAACAAUGCUCCUACCACUCCCACCAGUCUCAGCUGCCCCCAGUACACCCAGUUUCCAUACCCAACCUAACUUCUCACACGCACCUCAGCGGCCACUCUUUAUCCAACCACAGUUUCACAGUUCUGCAGGUGUUGUAUCUCCCUCCCUUUACACUGCACCACGCAGUGACCAGCCUGGCACAGCUCCAGGACUUUGGCCUGGACCUACACCUGGUGCAACUAUGCUCCUACCAUCCCGACCAGCCUCAGCUGCCCCCAGUACUCCCAGUUUCUAUACCCAACCUAACAUCCCACACGCACCUCAGCAGCCACUCUUCAGCCAACCACAGUUUCACAACUCUGCAGGUGUUGCAUCUCCCUCCCUUUACACUUCAGCACGCAGUGACCAGUCUGGCACAGCUGCAGGACUUUGGCCUGGACAUAUACCUAGUGCAACUAUGCUCCUACCAUCCCCACCAGCCUCAUCUGCCCCCAGUACACCCAGUUUCCAUACCCAACCUAACAUCUCACAGGCACCUCAGCAGCCAGUCUUUCUACAACCACAGUUUCACAGUGCUGCAGGUGUUGUAUCUCCCUCCCUUUACACUUCAGCACGCAUUAACCAGUCUAGCACAGCUGCAGUACUUUGGCCUGGACGUAUACCUGGUGCAACCAUGCUCCUACCAUCCCCACCAGCCUCAGCUGCUCCCAGUACACCCAGUUUCCAUACCCAACCUAACAUCUCACACGCACCUCAGCAGCCACUCUUCAGCCAACCACAGAUUCGCAGCUCUUCAGAUGUCGCAUCUCCUUCCCUUUACACUGCACCACACAGUGACCAGCCUGGCACAGCUCCAGGACUUUGGCCUGGACCUACACAUCCCAUGCAGGCAGCAGAGGAUCAACAGUCAAGGCUUCCCCAAAGCCAACCCCGAGAGGAACCUUUCCUGCCACAGGUGCACCUUCCUCCGCAGAUUCGUACUUUGUUUCAGACACCUGAUGCAGUUCCGCAAAGCAUCAUACAGGAGCUUCUCCGCAUCAUGAGGUCUCCCAUUUCGCUUCAACAACAGCAUCAGCAAAUCUUGAGUAUCUUGAGGUCAAACCCUUAUCUAAUGGCUGCUUUCUUCCAUAAGCAAAUGACUAAGUAGGUAAACCAGCAACAGCAGCCUGGUAUGCCAGUAAUACAGGCCACGGUGAUACCAGUAGCAGUACAGAGGCCUGAAAUGCUCCUCCUGCAGCCUCCCAUUUGAGUUUGGCUGCUGUAUUGGCUCAUGGACAAAUAAAUCCAACACACAGCCCCAACACACAGCCCCAGCUUCUUUUCCUUCAGCAGCUUCUAAGACAGCAGCAACAACAGGUGGUGAUGCUUCACAAACACUCCAGCUCCCUGUUCAGUGUACAGUCGCAACUUAUUCCCAGCACCACAUGCAGCAGCAACAGAUAGCCACGCAGAAGGUGGUGGGGAACCAACGGGACGACUUCCACCAUGUUACAGAUGGAACAGCCCAACAUGGGCAAGAACUUCAUCCAGAAAUACAGCUACAGUUUUCUACACCUGUGAGACAAAGUUUUUAUUUUCCAAGCCACUAACAUGAUUCAGGCUGCACAAUAUAUUUCAGCAUUGUUUUUGAUGUGCACAUGCACAAUAGCUAGACUUACGAAGCACAAUGUUAAAUUAGGCAAAUUGAACUUAUCCAACCUCUUUUUAGUUGCUUGAUUUAUUAAAGAAACAAAAUCUUCUAUGACUACUCUGAGUGUUCUAUCUGAUGCACUGUAAUUUACUCCAGUUAGGGUUCUUGCAAUUUUAGUUUUUUCCCUGCUAGUAAUCUAAUGCAGAUGCUGCACCUGAAGCUAACUGCAGUUAGUCUUCCUGUGCUUGUCUGUGCCUGUCACUGUUGAAUUGUAGGGAAACAGGUUCUAAGAAAUAUGAGCCUGGGCACCACAAUUGCACAAAUCCAACCUGUGUCUAUAAUAUUUACAAUUACUUUGUCGCUUCACAAAAUACUCCAAGCUGAUUUAAGCUUGAGGUUGACAACAUUUGUAAUAUUUAAAACUUUUGUUCUGAAAAGUGGGAACCCAAGGACCGUAUAUUUUCUUUGUGCUUUAUUUUUGAAAGGGUGACAUGGUUUUGCUCAAUGUAGCGCUUAUAUUUUGGCAGAACUGUGCUGAAAAUGGGCACAACCAGGUGGUAAACAAAAUGAACAGCAGUUGUAAUGUGUUGAGUUCCUUGCAGAAUCUUUCACCUUAUUGAUUUGUUUUUGUUGUUGUUGUUGUUUGUUUUUUUUGUCUGUUUUGUUUUGUUUUUUUUUGCUUUUAUUUGUUUGUUUGUUUUUUUGCACACGCAGAUUUGUUCACUUACAAAAUCACUGUAGAAGCUGGUAAUUCUUUCUAGACUUUUUUAACCUCAUUACAGUAUGUAUAUCUAUCCAUCCAUUUUCAAAACCCAUUAAGGGUGGAGCCUGUACAGUACAUAUAUAUCAAACAACAAAAGGUUCCUUCGCUCAAUAUAGUGCAACCCUCUUUGAGAUCUGUUUGUGAAACUAGCUAGAUAUUUUUCUUUUAGUAACUGUUUCUACGUAUGUUCAUGUCUGUGCAGCCUGCCACAGUACAUUUUGUUCAGUAAACUGUGCACCAGAAAAAUCUGUCUAAAUGUGAUAUUUACUCAUCUUUUGGGCUGACAUUUCUUUCUUUGUCCUUGCUAAAGAUUUAAUUGCACCACCGUUAUGUUGGCUGUUAAAUAACAUGCAUAAAAUGUCUUGCAUUUGCAUACAAUAAAAGAUUGCAAAUCACAAAAAAACAGGAAUGGACCUAAAAUGCUCCUUUGCAGUAGACCACUUGUGACCCUUGUUGUACCAGACCUUAUUCCUUUAGCAUGUACUUCUGUUCUGCAUGAAGACAUCCAUUUAAGUACAUUGCUCUUACAAUCUCUCUUUU